AUGGGACUACCACCCGGUAUCGUCUAUAUCAUCAGCCACCUUCCCUCAGUUUUAUUCUACUCAGUUGCCACGUACGUGGGACUAUACAUAUUGCAAGAUCAACAAAUACUUCCUGUGGUACCGGUUUGGGUGACGGUUAUCGCCACUGUUCUUGCGAGACCUGUCAUCUUCGUCUUUCAGCGAUAUUUCAGUCUAUGGCAAAAUAAGCGGGCAGCAGCGGCUAAUGGGGCGAUCAUCGCUCCGUAUGUGAACAAAUCUCCAUUGGCUAUCAUUGCCGAAGUAGUCGAAUCUAUUCGUAAUGGAUACCCUGCUGAAACAGUACUCCGAUGGACCAAAGAAUACGGGAACGUGGUCCAAUUCGAUCUGUUUACCAGUACAGCUAUUAUCGUGGACGAGCCUGAGCAUGUCAAGGCUGUUCUUGCUACGCAAUUCGAUUCCUUCGCCAAAGGCUCUCUUUUCUUAUCACAGAUGGACUCUCUGCUUGGAGUGGGUGUCUUUAACGCUGAUGGUAAGCAUUUGAGAAUUUGCAAUAGUGUCUGUCAACUCAUCAAGGGUGACCAGGUGAAAUGUGGAAGUGCAUUCCAUCGGUCAAUGACGAGGCCUUUCUUCACUCGGGAGCGGAUCAGUGACUUCGAGAUCUACGACCGCAACUGGGAUCUUUCUUUGAAGCUGGCGAAACAAAGAAUUGAGGAAGGAUAUUCUAUUGACGUCCAGGAUCUUGUUUCCCGUUUUACGCUUGACUCUGCAACGGAAUUCCUGUUUGGUGCCUCUGUCGGUUCUUUGUCUGCCGGUAUACCGUACCCGCCCGAACACGUGGAAAAUAACACGGCCGCCUUCUACAGCCAUCCAUCUACCACUUUCGUCAAAGCGUUUACUGAAGGUCUAAUUUUAGCUGCCGUUCGCACAGGACUAGGACAGGAAUGGCCUCUAGCAGAGUUUGGACAAGACAAGAUAACACCAUUGCGCAAAACUAUGGAUGAAUUCACCGAGCCCUUAAUGAAAAUGGCGUUGGAUAAGAGAGAGAAGGCAUUGGCUGAAGGUGUCGAGCUCAAGGACAAGGAAGAAAUGACGUUGCUGGGCCACUUGGUUAACCACACUCAAGAUACCAAAAUUCUGAAGGACGAACUCAUCAAUCUUCUCGUAGCUGGGCGAGACACGACAAUGUGUUUAUUGACAUUCGCGAUUUAUAUGUUAGCAGAACACCCGGACGUCGAGAAGCGCCUUCGACAGGAAAUCUUUGAUAUUGUUGGACCCACCAGCGCACCCAAGUAUGAGCAAAUGCGAGAUAUGAGGUACACAAGAGCAUUCCUCAAUGAGGUCCUACGACUUUAUCCACCGGUGACUGCAAUUAAACCAGUUGUCUUGCCACCUGCUCGGAAGGGUGGGAAACCGAUUUAUAUUCCGAAAGAUACAACUUGUUUAUAUACCGUCUUAAACAUUCAUCGCCGCACCGACUUGUGGGGCCCCGAUGCUCUUGAAUUUGACCCAGAUCGUUUCCUCGACAGCAGAGUGCAGAAAUAUUUGGUCCACAAUCCCUUCAUCUUCUGCCCCUUCAACGCUGGUCCGCGGAUUUGCUUGGGACAACAGGCGAGUUCAAUCUUUGCCUACCACGAAGCCACGUACUAUCUUGUGCGUCUGCUUCAGAACUUUACAGGUUUCACUCUUGAUCAAUCUGCCAAUGUGCCUCCACCUGCUCAUUGGAAAUCGGGAGAUGCCCUGGUCGCUCGUGAGAAGGUUCGGCCAACCGCACAUUUGACCAUGUAUAUCAAGGGAGGAUUGUGGGUCCAGAUGAAGGAGCUCAAAGCCAACGAGGUGUGA